AUGGCAGCUGAGUCCCUGCCUUUCACCUUGGACACAGUGUCCAGCUGGGAGCUGGAAGCCUGGUAUGAGGAUCUGCAGGAGGUGCUGUCCUCAGAUGAAAAUGGGGGUCCCUAUAUCUCAUCCGCUGGAAACGAAGAGGAGGAGUCAAAAACCUUCACUACUCUUGACCCCGCAUCCCUAGCUUGGCUGACUGAGGAGCCGGGACCAGCAGAGGUCACAAGCUCCUCCCAGAGUCCUCGCUCUCCAGAUUCCAGUCAGAGCUCUAUGGCUCAGGAGGAAGAGGAAGAUCAAGGAAGAACUAGGAAACGGAAACAGAGUGGUCAGUGCCCAGCCCGGGGUGGGAAGCAACGCAUGAAGGAGAGAGAACAGGAGAAUGAGAGGAAAGUGGCCCAGCUAGCUGAAGAGAAUGAGCAGCUCAAGCGGGAAAUCGAGCGCCUGACCAGGGAGGUAGAAGCCACUCGCCGGGCUCUGAUCGACCGCAUGGUAAAUCUGCACCAAGCAUGAACAAUUGGCACCAUCCUUCCCCGACUGGGUGUGGCCCGAGUCGGAAGAACGAAGGGUCUCAGCCUGUGUACAUGUAGAUAUUGUACAUUCUUUAUUACUGUCCGUACCCAGUAAAGGACUUCCUAAGAACGCGUCUUC